AUGACUCAGAUCGCCAAUGUUCCGUCGCUCGACACGGCGCGAGAAGUCAUCGCAAAGUCGAGAAACUCCCAAUUCCCUCCCAACCUGCUGCCCGUGACGGCCUCGAUUCCGGCCGACCUGUUGACCCCGACAUUGGCCUAUCUCAAGCUUGCAGAGAACUCGCGCAUGUCAUUUUUGUACGAGAGUGCGGCUACUACAGAGACUAUCGGACGGUACAGCUUCGUUGGCGCAGACCCCAAAAAAGUGAUUAAGACCGGACCCGGCCAUGGCCCUGCUGCCGACCCCCUCCCCAUCCUCGAAGCCGAACUUUCCCAGUCCCGCGUGGCAUCCGUGCCUGGCCUGGUCCUCCCGCCUCUCACCGGCGGAGCAAUCGGCUAUGUGGGCUACGACUGUGUCCGAUACUUCGAGCCCAAGACGGCCCGGCCUAUGAAGGAUAUUCUGGGUGUGCCCGAGUCGCUGUUCAUGCUGUUCGACACCAUUGUCGCCUUUGACCACUUCUUCCAGGUUGUCAAGAUUAUCACCUACGUUCCUAUUCCCGCCAAUGAUGCCGAUAUCGAGGCCGAGUACCUCAAGGGCCAGGAGGUGAUCAAGACGACGAUUGAGACUCUGCUGCAAGACCGUACGCCACUGCCCAAGCAGGGCCCCAUUAUCCCCGACCAGGAGUAUACAUCCAACAUCGGACAGGAGGGUUAUGAGAACCACGUCCACCGGUUGAAGGAGCACAUCAAGAAGGGUGAUAUCUUCCAGACCGUGCCUUCACAACGGCUAUCCCGCCCGACAUCCCUCCACCCAUUCAACCUCUUCCGCCACCUUCGCACCGUCAAUCCCUCCCCUUACCUAUUCUACAUUGACUGCCAAGACUUCCAGCUCGUCGGCGCUAGCCCCGAGCUCCUCGUCAAGGAAGAGCGUGGCCGCAUCAUCACCCACCCCAUCGCGGGAACCGUCAAGCGCGGCAAGACUCCGGAAGAAGACACCGCAUUGGCCGACGAGCUACGCAGCAGCUUGAAGGAUCGCGCCGAGCACGUCAUGCUGGUCGAUCUAGCCCGUAACGACGUCAACCGCGUCUGCGACCCGAUCACCACCCAAGUGGACAGACUGAUGGUCGUCGAGAAGUUCUCGCACGUGCAGCACCUCGUUUCGCAAGUAUCCGGCGUCCUUCGACCGGAUAAGACCCGCUUCGAUGCCUUCCGCUCCAUCUUCCCUGCCGGCACGGUAUCCGGUGCGCCCAAGGUUCGCGCCAUGCAACUCAUUGCCGAGCUGGAAGGUGAGAAGCGCGGUGUCUAUGCUGGUGCGGUGGGUUACUUUGGUUACAACAUUGCCAAUGCAGAUGGAUCGAGCGAGGUGCCCGGUGCGAUGGACACGUGCAUUGCUUUGCGGACGAUGAUGGUUAAGGAUGGCGUUGCGUAUCUCCAGGCUGGUGGUGGUAUCGUGUUUGACUCGGAUCCGUAUGAUGAGUAUAUCGAGACUAUUAACAAGCUUGGGGCGAAUAUUGCUUGUAUUCGUGGUGCGGAGGCGAAGUACCUCAGCAUGGAGACGGAUGCUGGUUCUUCGGCUUGA